AGUCGUACCCUAUUCAGUAUUCUGUAAUUAUUGUUAAUUUCAAUUCUAAUCUCUGAAUCUGGAUUCUGAACAAAAAGAACCGGCUGCCAAAGUCACUAAAGUUGAGCCAGAGAACAUGGCUCCUAUACCAGAUGUGCAGGAAAGAGUUCAAAAGCUAAUUAAAGAGAAUGUGGUUAUGCUAUUUAGCAAAUCGUACUGUCCUUAUUGUAAAGAGAUAAAGAAAUUAUUCAAUUCGUUGGGAAUUAGUUUUCAUGCUUUAGAACUGGAUCUUGAAGAAAAUGGAGAAGCAUUGCAGAUGGCAUUAUUGGAAUUAUCUGGUCAAAAAACAGUCCCAAACACAUAUAUAAAUAGUGUACAUCUCGGAGGUGCAGAUGCAACAAAAUCGGCACAUUCUGAAGGAAGAUUACUGUCUAUGUUAAGUUCAUCUUCAGAAUAUGAUUAUGAUCUUGUUGUCAUCGGAGGGGGAUCUGGUGGGCUUGCUGCUGCAAAAGAAGCAGGAAGACUAGGAAAGAAGGUUGCGCUAUGUGAUUUUGUGAAGCCUAGCCCCUUGGGAACUGCUUGGGGUCUCGGUGGAACAUGCGUAAAUGUGGGAUGUAUACCAAAGAAGCUGAUGCAUCAAACUGCGUUGCUUGGAAACAGUCUAAAAGAUGCUCAAGCAUUUGGUUGGAACGUUAAUGCAGAAACAGUACAACACGAUUGGGCAAAUUUAGUCGAAGGAGUACAAAACUAUAUUGGAUCUCUGAACUGGGGAUAUAGAGUAGCAUUGAGGGAGAAAAGUGUGGCAUAUUUGAAUGCCUAUGCUGAGUUUGUUGAUCAACAUACUAUCAAGACAAAAAAUAAACGAGGCGUAGAAAAAGUCAUCACUGCAAACAAUGUCAUAGUAGCUGUUGGAGAAAGACCAAAGUAUCCGGAUUUACCUAAUGCAAAAGAACUUUGUAUCACAAGUGAUGAUUUGUUUUCUUUGCAACAUUGUCCUGGAAAGACAUUGGUUAUCGGAGCUUCAUAUGUUGCUUUAGAAUGUGCCGGAUUUCUCAGUGGUCUUGGACUUGAUGUUACAGUAAUGGUGCGGUCUAUUUUUCUAAGAGGAUUUGACCAAAACAUGGCAGAAAGGGCCGGAAAUUACUUAGAAAAAGAAGGCAUUCGGGUCUGGAGGAGGUUUGUUCCCACUGCAAUUGAAAAAAUUGAAGAUGGAGCUCCAGGAAAAAUCAGAGUAUCUUGUAAAAGUACUGAUUCAGAUGAGGAUAUCAAAACAGAGGAAUUUAACACUGUACUUGUCGCAAUAGGAAGAGAAUCCUGCACUAAGACAAUAGGUCUUGAUAAUGCCGGUGUCGUUUCCAAGAAAAAUGGGAAAAUUCCAACAGAUGACUAUGAUCAGACGAAUGUUUCUCACAUCUAUAGUAUCGGGGAUAAUGCUGAAGGCCGACCUGAGCUUACACCUGUAGCUAUACAAGCUGGCGUUCUGCUUUCAAAAAGAUUGUUUGCUGGCUCAAAAAUUAAGUGUGAUUACGACAACGUUCCAACAACUGUCUUCACACCUCUUGAAUACAGCGCUUGUGGAUUGUCUGAAGAGAAAGCAAUAGAGAAAUACGGAGAAGACAAUAUUGAAGUUUAUCAUUCUGAUUUUUGGCCUCUUGAAUGGACUGUUGCUGGCCGUGGAAAUGAAGACUGCUAUGCUAAAAUAAUUACUAAUUUGCAAGAAAAUGAAAGGGUUAUUGGUAUGCAUUAUAUGGGACCAAACGCAGGCGAAGUUAUGCAGGGUUAUGCAGCAGCAAUGAAGUGUGGAAUGACAAAAGCUCAACUUGAUCAAACCAUUGGAAUACAUCCUACAACGGCAGAAACAUUUACGACGCUCAACAUCACAAAAAGAUCUGGAGAGUCAAUUAAAGCAAAUGGCUGCUGAGGUUAAACCCUGCUACAGUAAUUCCAAUCAUUAUUUAUAAGUAAAAAGCAAAUUGAGACAGGAUUUUCCACCAGUAUUAUUUAUUAGGGAUACAAUAGAAUAGAAUGAAAUAUAAAAAAAAAUCAAAUUUGGGUGCUUUUGAUUUUACUGAAUUUGACUGACUGAAUUUGACCCAAGUCUGAUCAGUAAUACUGAUAAUUAUGUUAUUCCACUACCAUUUCAACUAAUCACCUUACCCAAUAUAUUUACUCAAAAAUCUUGAAUCUCGUUCGUUUUGCUUUUGCUUAUAUUAAAUGGUUGGUUUGUCGCGGGGUUACUGGUAUUUUGUGUUUUAUGGCAUUCUAUGCUUCUGGGAACUUUGUUGUAAUUUACGGUCAUGAUAGAACUAGUGUUAUGUUAUUUGCACGUGUUUGAGUAUUCUUCACUUCUGAGUGAGUGAGUGCUUUGUGACUGUAUUUUAUUUCCAUUUGCUCCCAUUAUGACGAGUGUUUUCUCAAAUUGCUUUUUGCAACGGAAAACAUUCUGAGAAAGAAGUUUAACUGCCAUUUCUCUGUUUGUUCGUUCUUGUAUGUGUAAACUGUUCAGUGUUUUGUCAUUUAGGCAUAGAGCCAUUGAUUUGGUGAUUUUUCAGUCGUUACAUUUUUCCCCAUACAUUUCUCAUUUAGUGUAUAUUUUGUCCAUCAGUGCCUGACUAGAACAAAAGAGCUGACUUUAUUCAGUUAUAUACAGCAUCGGGUAGAGAAAUAACUGAGAUAGAUCAUAAGAGGUAUUUCUCAUUUGAAAAACCGUUUUCAUGUUAAUUAUGUUGGGAAUUUUUUUUGUUUUUCCUGUUCAAAGUUAUUCUCAAGUUCAUCAUGUUUUAUUUAAUGUUCCAAUUGCAUACUGUGUUGAUUCAAGUCAGUCUAACCUGCCAUAAUAAUUUUUCUCUGGUGUAUUAUUGUCUCCUCAAAAGCACGGGUUUUAGGUUGUGAAAGAAUUCAAUUCUGCCUCAAAUAUCAAAACCAUGUUCUAGUUUUGAUUUUUUAAUUAUAUUGGUUUAUCAGUAGUUGAACAUACAACUUUCGCUGUGAAAGAUGUCUGGUAUAUGUAGACAUUCAAAGUUUUUCUACCAGGUGGCAAGUCUUCACACUAUUUUGGUUUAUCUAAUCAUUUUUGUUUGUCCUGAUUAUAAAUGGCACAUGUAUGUACUAUGUAUAUUGAUGACCCAUACUUUGUUGUUACUCUUGUCUCCUAUGCUAGAAUAUUCCAUUUUGCUAUAAAAAUUUAAAGCUGUAUUAAUUGCUCUAAUAAUAUUGCAAUCUUUCUUGAACAAAUUUCAUGUUAUUUAUAUACAUUGACAAUUUAAAAAAUUUGAUGGUCAAUAAAUAUAGCGAAGCAAUUCU